UUAUUCCGUUCUCCUCUUGGCUUUCGUCCCCCCACUCUGCAUAACCUCGCCAUCUACCACAGUGCCUGCUCGCCACCCAAAAAAAAAGAUAUUUUACCAAGCUUACUAAACCAGUGUUACUCCAGCGUUGGAAUACUUAAUUUUUUGGCAUAGUCUUUCUGAGUUACAUUCUCGGUGCUGAGAUCUGAAAACGAGUCCAGCUACCCGAUCUGUGCUACGCCAAUUUCCAAAGCCAACUACUACAUAUUUGCAGAGGUCAGAUUUUUGCUACAAUCUCUUUUUACUGAAGUCUACUUCUGUUGAAAUACUCUUGGCUGGUAACUUUUGUUAUAUAGUCAUUAUCAAGAACUUCUCUUACAAUUGCUACCCGAUUACGCUUCAUAUCUAACCCUCUGUUGAAAACAUUCCUUGGAUUUCAUCCCCCUGAAACUUCACUUAUCAUGGCCACUUUUGAAAUCGCCAUGCCCGAGAUCGACUCACUCGAGAUUGUCUCGGACCCAAAUUCUCCUGAUUCCGACGAGCUCUAUGUCACCACGUUCGACGACAAGUACGACAACGUGGACGGAGACUACCUCAUCCGCCAGGGCAACCACGUGGUGGACGUUGUUGUGACGUACGAACGCACAUGCGAUACGCUAGGUGAGACGAAUUCGGAAGAGUUUAAAGACUUCAUCCGGGGCUUAGUGCUCAAUGGGUACCCGUCUCUCCAGGUGCUCCCUACCGAGGAGAAUGUUGGAGGGGAAAAUCGGAUCUACUUUGAGGCCAAGUCUGUGUCGUAUGCAACGUCAAAGUCAUUCAAUGGGCCAAAGCUAGAGGCAGAGCUCCAAAUGCAGUCCGGGAUGAAGUUCCCGAUGAGAUCAUUCAAAUUAGGCUCUGUCCUGGAUUCCGCCCUGGAUUCUGUCUCUACCCCUCGCCUGGUGUCUAGUCUGGCAUCCACUUCUAUCUCCGUUCCUUCCCCUGGGCCUUCCUCUGACUUGGUCUCGCCAUCCGGUCUCACCCCGGUUGUCCACGAAAACGCUAUCUUCCGCCUUGGGUCUUCCUCGGACGCCCAAGCACUCCGCACCGCCAUCUCCGCCAACCACCCCUCCGUUUCCGUCUACUUCGAAUACCCCGAGAGCCUCUCGCAUCCUGGAAAUGUGUUCGUGCGCGGGCUCUCGCUGCUCGCCACCGAGGCGGACUUGUACCGCGUUUUAGCGCCUUACGGGCAGAUUAACAACGUGAACGUGAUAGUGAAGCUGGAGCGCCACCGGUUUGGGUUUGUCAAGUUCAACAGCCACGAAUCGGCGAUCAACGCGAUCAAAGCACUCAACGGAACCAAGGUCUUUGGCGAGACUGACUUCUUUGUGAAUCCGUACUUGAGCAAGCGCGAGCGGACCCACGCGCAGCAGCAGCUUGACGCUAUUCACCAGCUGAAUGAGUAUAGGGACCUUUAUGUGGUGGGAAUUCCCGAGAAUGUGCACCUGAAUGAGUUAUUGACGUUGUUCAACCGGCUCUAUCUGGUGGAGAAUAGCUACAUUCCGAAGACUCCUCUCCAGGAAGAUAUGGCUCCAACUACGAACCCAAUUCCAAACACUACUCCUCAUAACUGCGGAACAGCUCCUAGAAACUUUGCCUUUAUCAGAUACGCCACGAACAAACAGGCCCUUUCGACCCUCCUCGCGCUCAAUCAGCACGAGAUUCUUCCCGGAAGCCGCCUCUGCAUCCAGAUCGCCCAGGUAAAACAUAUCUUGGCCCACCAGGAUGCCAUCCCAUACCCUCAGUUCAAGUUUUUGAUGGCCAGUUGCAGCCCCGACUUUCAGGAAACCAACCUCUAUGUCAAGAACUUGCCGCUAGAGGUCGACGACAUGCUCUUCCAUGCGAUGUUCCGGCCACAUGGCGAGAUUGUUUCGGCAAAAAUCAUCACCAAGCCGGCCCGCGGUUCAGGCGAGAAUACUGGCUCCAAGGGCUACGGCUUUGUGUGCUUCAAAACCCGCGAGCUGACCAUUGCUGCACUUUUGAACUUGAACGGGAAGUUGGUCAACGGGAAUAAGAUUCAUGUUUCAUUUGCUCAGGUCAACCAGCGCAAGGGGCGGGGCACUCAGGCGGUGCAGGUGCAGACUUUUACACCUCCCGCUUACCCCCACUUCGGAAACUACUACCCGGGAAUGAUCCAUCCCAAUUUCAUGGUUCCUGGUUCUGGCCAUAUUCCGCCUCCUCCGGUUCUAUGUCCCGCCGAUGGCAUGUAUCUUCCGGUGUAUUACCCCGAGAUGAUCUAUUCCUACUCUCCGGACAUGCCCUAUAUGCCCCAGGAGGAGUAUUUUGGGCAGUUUCCGAUGAGAUAUAGUCCAGAGGGUAUGAAUGGUUACCAGUGGAAGGGAGGGUACCAAAGAGGUUCCGGGGUCAUGCGCCGGGAGCCGAAGGAGAAGUAGGCGGUGUAUUUAGUUGAACUACUGUACAUAGUUAUUUAUUUGUAGGCGGGGUGAAUUUCAAUAAAAACCCAGAGGGUUCGUGCCGAAUAGCGGAGUAGAGAUACUAACAACGCAGCUCUACAGGAGAUUUGCAAAUGUCAUUGUUGGUUCAUAAUUUGGCAUUUUUAGUUUAUGAGUAUUUAAGGA